CUGUAGAUGUCUUGGAACGGUUAUCAGAGUACUUGAACUGUCCGCCGAGUUUAUUGUUAGUUGAAUUGGACGAUAGUUAAGUUGCAGGUAUAGAUCGCGCAAGCGGACAGUUAGACGCAAUGGCAGGAAUGUUGGAAAUUUUCUGUGCUUGUGUGGCGAUCUUAUAUCUAUUUUAUUAUUAUUUGACCGCCGAUUUUAACUAUUGGAAAUCACGCGGAAUAAAUGGACCAAAACCGGUUCCGUUCUUCGGUACCAUCGCCGAUUUCAUGCUGGGCAAGAAAUGCUUGGGUGACGUCUACAAUGAAAUUUAUGAAAGAUACCCGAAAGAUUCCAUGGUGGGUAUAUUUAUGAGAGGAAAUCCUGCACUCGUCUUGAGAGAUCCUGUGUACAUCAAACAGGUGCUGAUUAAGGAUUUCACCGUUUUUACUGAUCGGAUGGCAUUGGUUUACGAUAAGGCCGAACCUAUGACCAUGCACCUCUUCAAGCUCGACGCUGCUAGAUGGCGACCAUUAAGAAUAAGGCUCUCGCCCACUUUCACGUCCGGGAAGUUGAAGGAAAUGUUUCACUUGUUGCUGAACUGUGCCGACCACUUCGAAAAGUAUCUGGACGAGAAGGUAUCUGAAGACGGUGUUGUCGAGUGCCGGGAUCUGACGUCCAAAUACACUAUCGACGUGAUCGGAUCGUGCGCCUUCGGCCUCGAAAUGAAGGCGCUCAAAGAGGAAAAUAAUGAAUUCCAGAAAAUAGGUCGCUUGAUAUUUCUCUCCACUCCAAAAGUCGUAAUUAAAAACAUUCUCAGAGAAUAUCCGUGGUUUUACAAGCACUUCGGACAUAUCUUCGACGAUCAUUACGUCAACAAAUUCAUAACGGACAUUACCCGAAACACUAUAGAGUAUAGGAAACGGAACAAUAUACGUCGACACGAUUUCGUCGAUACACUUAUCGACCUCAAGGAUAAUCCCAGCAAGCUGGGAGCUAAUAAUGUAACGGAUGAAUUCAUUGCUGCCCAGGCAUUUGUAUUUUUUGCGGCUGGUUUCGAGACAUCUUCUACUACAAUGUCCUUUGCAAUGUAUGAGUUGGCGCAGAAUCAAUCAAUUCAAGAAAAACUACGCGAGGAGAUUAAGGAAGUCCUUAAGAGUACUGACGGAGUAAUAUUAUACGAUAACAUCAAGAAGAUGAGCUAUUUAGAAAAAGUGUUUCAAGAGACUCUUAGAAAGUAUCCACCAGUAAUGUAUCUCGUGAGAAAACCUGUAAGGAAUUAUACUUUCGAGGGGACUAAAAUCAGUCUACGAAAAGGGCAACUAGUGAUUAUACCCAUUCAUGCUAUUCAGAAUGAUCCGAAUAUUUAUCCAGACCCGCAAGUUUUUGAUCCCGAACGAUUUAGCCCAGAAAAAAUGGAACAGAGGAAUGCUAUGUAUUAUCUACCUUUCGGAGACGGUCCACGGAACUGUAUUGGUGCAAGAUUCGCCAUUAAUCAGACUAAAAUUGGACUAAUCAAAGUGCUAAUGAAUUACAAAAUAGACGUUUGCGAAAAAACUCAGAUUCCAAUUGUUCACAAUCCGCUGAGCUCUUUGAUGCUGCAGACAACUCACGGUAUAUAUGUAAAAUUGACCAAGCUGGCUUAAGAAGAUACAAUGUAAUUUAUAUUUAUGAUAUAAGUGACAUAUGUGUAUAUCUGUAUACUUAUAAGUCAUUAAGCAAUGCAAAAACACAAUAAAAUGUCAUUAUGCCACACUUAAAACAAUAUAAGAUAAAGUUAUACAUUUAAUAGAAGAAGACUUGAAUCAAUCAAGAACUUUUAUAAUAUUGACACAAUUAUAAAUUGUAUAAUUUAAUAUCAUCAUUUAUGAUAAUUUGCAAUGACAUUCAAAUGAUUAAAAAAGACUUGGCUGUCUUUUUACCAUGAGCUUUGUUUAUUUAUUAAUACAAAUAUUAUUUUAUAUGAUGUUAUUCUCAUCCAGCUUGAUGUUAAUUUUAUACAAUAAACUUUACAUUAUAAGUAAAACUAUCGAUAUGCAGUAGUAUUAUAAAAAAUAAAUAAGAAAUUUGUACAAUUAAGAAUAGAUGAUUUCUAUAAUCUAUUCUUCGUAUCAUUCAUAUAAUAAUAAUUAUAUUCUCGAUCAAGUACUACAAUUGUAAAUAAGCAAACAAACGGAUAAUUUUAUGUGUUCAACUGAUUAAUUGUUAUCUUGUUUGCUUUUUAUCACUGCGAUACAGAACAUGGGAUUAAAUAAUAAAUUGGGUCGCUCAGCGUAACGUAAUUCUACGUAACAUUGAUGUUAAAAUAAUGUUAAGAAUAAUUAAAGAGAAUUACAUUAUUAUUGACAAUUGAAUAAUAUCUCACAAAAUACGCAGACACAUGCGUUUCAAUAAUAUUCCUCAUGUCAUGUCAUGCGUCAUAAAUAAUAUUAUUUACACAAUAAUGCUCAUAUUUAGAAAUAACAUAUGAUAUUGUAAGUAAGUAAUGCUAUUUUAAUACAUUUGAAGUUCACUGGGCAUUGUAAGCGCGUGUGCAUAUGUGUAAAUGCAUAUAAAGCAUAACAUUAAUAAAAAUAAGUAUUAUAUAAAAAA